CUCCGCGCGUCCCCGCGCCCUCGCAGAGGCUCCAGCGUGGUGGGAAGGAGGCGCUGAGGGUCGCCUCGACGGCUGCGAGCCGAGAUGCCCAGCUUCUUAGGCGUGACCUGCACACGUGACUUCACCCUCUGAAGCCUCAGUUUUGUGAUCCGGAAAAUGGACAAAAUCGAAGCCACUCCACAGUGUCGUUGAGGAUUAAAUGAGACGAUGUUUGUAAAGCUCUUUGCAGGAGGGAGCUGUGGAGGCAGGACCUGGUGGGCAGAGCACACCUGCUGUUACCCAGGCCUGCGGGCAGCAUGAAGAUCCCAGUGGUGCUGGCCAUCAGUGGAAUGCAGACCCUCCACCUUCAGCAGCGCUGCCGGGGUGGCUGCCGGGUCACAGCCAGGGCUUCAUUUGUGGACGAGACUCUGUUUGGAAGCCCUGCAGGCGCCCGACCGGCCCCACCAGCCUUUGACCCGCCCUGGGUGGAGAAGGCUCACAGAACCAGAGGAGUGUGCACGGGGGCAUCACAGGCCUCCUUGGCCAGGGGGAGCUGUGAGGCCACUCCCUCAAGGGGCAGCACCCCAACCCUCACACCAAGGAAGAAGAACAAAUACAGACUGAUCAGCCACACUCCGUCUUACUGCGAUGAGUCGCUGUUUGGCUCCCGACCUGAGGGCCCCAGCUGUGAGGUCCCUCGAAUGGCAAAGGGGGAUACUGCGAAACUCCGUGCCCUCUUCUGGACGCCACCAGCUACCCCCAGGGGUAGCUACUCACCCCACCCCAGGGAGACCCCAUUGCGAGCCAUUCACUCACUUGGUCCCCCCAAGACAGAGCCCAGGCUGGCAGCCGACUCCCAGAGGUUGUCCAUGGGUGGGCUAGACUCCCCACGCACCCUGAGUCGGGGACGUUCCCAUUCCCUCACCCAGCUGAGUGUCCCCAGCACUGGUCACACAGCUGCCAGUGCCCCCCACACAAAUGGACCUCAGGGCCCCAGGCCUUCCACGUCAGGGGUGACCUUCCGCAGCCCCCUGGUGACUUCCAGGGCUCGCUCAGUCAGUGUUUCAGUGUCAGCAACUCCCCGACGAGGUGGGACCAUCCAGAAACCAAAACCCCCUUGGAAAUGAUAUUCUUUCAUCAGGGUUGCCCCUGGGGUCAUCACCUGGUUGACUCCCAGGCUUUGGAAAAGCCCCCGGGGCAGACACACCAGGGGGAGCAGUGCCUCUGUUGAUCCCGACAAUCUCUAGUUGCUUUUUGCCUUUUCCCGUGACGUGGAUUUGGGGACUGCCCCUUAAGAUUCUCUCUCUGGCCCUGCCUCAGCCACACUCCGGAUUAGUGCCAAUCUAGGAGCUCUGUGCCCCAGCUGUCCCCCACAUUGUCUUGCCACCAAGUGUGAGUAAAUGGUAUGUCAUCAUGCUGGAGGGCGCCUGCCCUCCCCUGCAAGCCCAGCUGCCUGCUUGGGAGUAGUUUCCUUCCCGGGCUGGUGUGGACUGCGGUAGGUCAAAAGGGCAUCUGGACAUGUUUUCAUUCUGAUAUGUCAUGUAUUUAUUUUCAUGUGUUAAAUAUAUCAGCAGCUCAUCAAAA